AUGGUCCAGCCAUCCGAGGCAGACACGUCUGUCGGCUGCUCUUCUCCCUUUUCGUGUUUUACUGCGUUCACGGGCUCGUUCGGGUUUGGUUGCCGUCUCCUCUACUGGCCAAAUGCUGUACCGUCCCCACGCCUCCAUUUCAUCAUGCCCACGGCACUCCCAUUUCCGUCGUCGCCUCCUCACCCCCCACAGUCAACCUUGAUGCCUGAGGCUUUGGAGCUACAUUUUGUUCGAGCGAAACGGCCUGUUGCCUUUGAGAUGCGCCAAUUAAUGUCCUCUUUCGGUGUUGGGGGGACACAGUUUGUUUUAUUGUCCCACCGACUCACAGCCCUUAUACAGCCGCCACUCGUCUCGCUUCAACUGGUUCCGCCGACCACCCCAUCACCUUCUCGUCAAGUCGUCACUUUUGCCCACUUUUGCCCACUUUCGGCCACUCCUCUCCUCCUCCGAUACGGUCACUCGCUCACCCUCUCGUUUAUAUCUACCUCGCUACCUCUGACAUCCUUUGCGGCACUUCUCUCUCCUUCUGUGAGGGAAGGAUCAUCCGGUUUGCUUUUCAAAGAGUUCUCGCAUCAAACAGGUUGGUCCACUUGA